AUGCUCUAAUUUAAUUAAAAUCAACUUAUUGGGCCUAAACCUAUUUUCAUGCAGCCUUUGGAAUCUUAUAGAAAUCUAGAUGUAGAUGACACUCAAUGCAACGAUGACUUUUCUAAUAAGAUUUUAUCAUAAACUAACAAUUCUCUCGUAGAAACAGCCCAAAUUAAAAGUGAAGGACUCAGAAAAAAAUAAAAUAGCAAUAAAAAAGUGAGAUUUAACCUUAACAUUGUUCAUUGCUAAUUUAAUUAGAAGGAACCUGCGAUGGCAAUAGGAAGGCUAGUUUAAAAGUUAAUAAAUUAGAAACCACAUCUCUAUUGGGUAAAUCCUCAGAUCUUAAAAAACUAAUGA